UCAUUCUAGCUAGAAACUAAUUACUAUCUAAGAUUUCUUUCCUUUAUAAAGCCUUAAAUCUUAACACACAUCCAUAUAUAGUUUCCAACAACAUUUAUUCGAACAUACAAUGCAUAUCUAUGGCUGAGUCAACCCCUCUUCUCUCUCAACCAACUGAUUCUGAUUCUUCUCUUACAGAACCACCUCCGUUAUUAUUAUCAGAAAAACACCUUCCUUCUCUUGCUUCAACGGUUGAGAAAUGCAUUGGAGAAUUCACUUGGUCCCAAUUCCUGCAAGCAGUUCUUGUCUCCUUUGCUUGGGUCUUUGAUGCUCAACAAACAUUCAUCAGCGUCUUCACCGGCUUGGAAUGCGAAAACUCCUUCGUCACAAGCCUUCCGGCUUCUUUGUUCUUUCUUGGAUGCUUAGUCGGUGGCAUUGUUCUUGCCACGCUGGCUGAUUCCUCCCUAGGCCGCAAGAACAUGCUCUUAUUUUCGUGCCUUUUCAUGUCCCUCUCUUCGCUACUCGCCGCAUUCUCUAUAAAUAUUUGGGUAUACUCUCUGAUCAAAUUUCUCUGCGGAUUUGCCCGCGCCACUAUCGGGACCUCGGCUCUCGUUCUAACUUCUGAGCUCGUAGGUAACCGGUGGCGCGGGCAAAUAAGCGUGGUUGGAUUCUUUUGCUUCACCAUCGGGUUCUUGUCCCUUCCUGCAAUGGCUUACGCUAACAGAAACUCUUCAUGGCGAAACCUUUACAUGUGGACUUCAAUUCCAGCCAUUUUCUAUUGCGUGAUUGUCAAGUUCUUCGUUCGCGAGUCCCCAAGAUGGCUUCUAGUGAAAGGAAGAAAAGAAGAAGCAGCAGAGACGUUGAAAUGCAUCUCUUCAAUCACUCAGAGUAACGUUAACCUCGCAGUCAACGGAAUAUUCCCAAGCAAUGUGGAUCCGGAUCUAACCAUGAACAAUACCGAUCUGUAUUGCGCUUUGAAGAUUCUGUUGCAAAAGAAAUGGUCUUCUAGAAGGUUAUGGACGGUUAUGGCUUCCGGAUUCGGAAUUGGAUUGGUGUAUUACGGUAUGCCGUUAGGGCUUGGAAACUUGUCCUUCAACCUUUAUCUCAGUGUCACGCUUAACGCGUUAUCGGAGCUUCCGUCUUCUCUGUUGACUUUCGUGCUUAUCGAUAAGUUCAAGAGAAGAAACGCGCUUCUUGUUUUCACAGUUGUGAGUGGAGUAUUCAGUGUGUUGUCGAGCAUAGAAGGUAAGGUGUGGAGUCAGAUGGAAAUUUGGUUUGAAUUGAUAUCGUUCUUUAGUGCUUGCACGGCGUUUCAAGCGCUGGUGUUGGGUGGGUCGAUUAGUCCGGUAGUGGUGGGUGAAGGUAGGAAGAACAAGUUUGUUUGUUAUGGAGUUUUUGGGUUGGUGAUUUGUUGUAGUGGUGUAUUUGGGGUAUUCUUACCUGAGACAAGAGGGAGACCCCUUUCUGAUACCAUGGAAGAUGAAGAAAGCAAAGGGCGUAGUGCCACGUUAGCAUGAUGGACAAAGGAAUUUUCUUUUUCAGGUGCUCUAAACAAAAUAAUAAGAUAUUUAUGGAUGGAGUUGGUUCGGUUUUGCAUUUUGUUAUGUAUUCGAAUUAAAUAAAACUGAUUAAAAAUAAAUUGGUUCGAUUGGAGUAA